GGAACAUUGGAUCCAAACGACCACGACGAAGACGACGACGAUGGCUGCUCCCGCCGCGCUCCCCGUGAUCAACAUCAAUGUCAACUACGAAGAUGAGAAGGUGAAAAUCACCGACUUUCUCGAGAAUGCCAAGGGUGUCGUGCCGCCCCUGCGAAAAGUGGGCAAUUCAUCGUCGCUGCUCGAUGUCAGCAUCGAAGACGUAGACAAUGUGCCUGAAGAUGACGAGGAGCUCAGUCCGAGCCAGAUGGCCGACGAGAUGGACGACAUGCGCAUCGGUGCUGGCCCCCGAACGCGCGGCGAUGCGACCGCUCGAAAGUACAAGGAGCAGCUGCAACGCAUCGCAAAUCGGCAGCAGCAGUCACUUGUCAUCGAUCUGAAAGAUCUGAUUGAACACCGAAACACAAGGGACCGCAAUACGGCCCCUGGGUUGGUGCACCACAUCAUGCGCAAUGCCGCUCACUACAUCGACAUCAUUUCCGAAUGCGUCGACGAUGUUCUCUCUCGCACGCCUCCGACAAUUGAUAUCUCGCACAAAGACGAUGUCCUCGACGUCAUCAUGCACCAGCGAAUGGAGCGCAAUCUCCGCGCCAGCCAGGGUCAGAGCAUGGGCCCUGAGACGGCCGCGCAGAUGGAUGCGAACGACGAAGAAGGGCAGCAAGAAGGCCAGGACGAGAAACCGUUCCCUCCCAUCCUCAUGCGUCGCUAUACACUCUACCUCAAGCCCUACUCGGCGCGUCCAGCACCGCCGCUGGCCGUACGAGCCAUCAAGGCCUCUCAUCUCGGCUCGCUCUUGACCCUCCGCGGCAUCGUUACGCGCGUGUCCGAGGUCAAGCCCUACCUCCUCGUCGACGCGUAUGCGUGCGACUCGUGCGGCGCUGAAAUCUUCCAAGAGGUUCGCGGCCGCCAUUACAUGCCGUUGAGCGUCUGCACAUCGCAGAGGUGCAAGACGAACAGGGUCAAGGGCAAGCUGCACCAGCAAGCGCGUGCGAGCAAGUUUGCGCCUUUUCAAGAGGUCAAGGUGCAGGAAAUGGCCGAUCAGGUUCCUGUCGGCCAUAUUCCGCGCACCAUGACAAUUCACCUGGCCGGCCCUUUGACGCGCUCCGUCAGCCCCGGUGACGUGUGCGACAUCUCUGGCAUCUUCCUCCCCACCCCAUACUCUGGCUUCAAGGCAAUUCGAGCAGGCCUCCUGACCGACACCUACCUCUCGGCCCAGCAUGUCUCGCAGCUCAAGAAGUCCUACGACACGCUCAAGGGCGAGGUGACGCCGGAGAUGGAGGCAGCAGUAGAAGAGCUCAAGUCUGACCCGGCUCUGUACGAGAAGCUGUCGAGCAGCGUUGCUCCCGAGAUCUACGGCCACGAAGAUGUCAAAAAGUGUCUCCUCUUGCUUCUCGUUGGCGGUUGCAACAAGACGGUGGGAGACGGUAUGAAGAUUCGAGGCGACAUCAACGUGUGUCUCAUGGGUGAUCCCGGUGUCGCCAAGUCGCAGCUGCUCAAGUACAUCACAAAGAUUGCCCCUCGAGGCAUCUAUACUACCGGACGCGGUAGCAGUGGCGUUGGUCUCACGGCAGCGGUCAUGCGGGACCCUGUCACCGACGAGAUGGUCCUUGAGGGAGGCGCACUGGUCUUGGCUGACAACGGCAUUGCGUGCAUCGAUGAAUUCGACAAGAUGGACGAGUCGGACCGCACGGCAAUCCACGAGGUCAUGGAGCAGCAGACGAUCUCCAUCUCCAAGGCCGGAAUCUCUACAACGCUCAAUGCGCGGACAUCUAUCCUAGCAGCUGCCAACCCGCUUUACGGCCGGUACAACCCGCGCAUCUCGCCCGUCGACAACAUCAACCUGCCGGCUGCUUUGCUGUCCCGAUUCGACAUUCUCUUCCUCAUCCUCGACACGCCCUCGCGCGAUGAUGACGAGCGAUUGGCCCAGCAUGUCACCUAUGUCCACAUGAACAAUGCCCACCCGCCGCUCGAGUACGAGCCGGUCGAAGCCAACGUCGUCCGGCACUACAUUGCUGCAGCCCGGCAAGUUCGUCCCGUGGUUCCAAAAGCCGUGAGCGAGUACGUUGUUUCGGCCUAUGUCAAGCUGCGCAAGCAGGGCCAGGAGGACGAGGCGCGGGAUCAGGCCUACACGUACACGUCAGCUAGAACGCUGCUGGGAGUGCUGAGGAUGAGCCAGGCCUUGGCAAGGCUCCGCUUCAGCAAGCAGGUUGAUGUCGACGACGUCGACGAGGCCCUUCGCUUGAUGGACGUCAGCAAGGCGUCGCUAUAUGCCGACGGACGAAAGAGGAUGGGCGACGACGCAAUUGGGGACCAGAGCUACAUGAGCAAGAUCUUCAGAAUCAUCCGCGACAUGGGCUACGCAGAGGCACAGAGGCGCCGGGACGAGGAGGAGGACGCCCAGAGGAGAAAGAGCGGCAGCAGCAGGCGCGGAGGCAGGCUCGGGAGAGGACCAGAGGGACAGCGAGGUGGUGAUGCGAUGGAUCUUGAUGGCGAGGAGGACGAGGUACUGCCGCCGAUGGACGAUGAAGCAGGCGCACCGGGUGACCUCCUCAUGCGGGAGGUGCGCGAUCGCGUCAUUGCCAGCGGCUGGGUCGAGGACCAGCUGCAGGAGUGCAUUCAAGAGUACUCGGACCUGGGCGUCAUCCAAGUUGCAGGCAACCGUCUCGUUUUCCUUUAAACUCUCCUCUCACCCGUCACUCUUGUAUCAAUGUUUGUUUGUGUGUUUGUGUGCUCUGCUAUUCCCCUUCCUCUAAACGAAUCA